CAAGGUGACAAGUAGCUAGUGACCCAUGAACCAUGAUGAUGCAAUAUACUGGACUGCCCUCUGCCUGGAUACACACCCACAAGUACUUGGCUCUCUUACGAGCAUUAGCAAUGGCAAGCAUCAGCGCCACGGCCGUCUUCGUCGCCGCCGGACCGCCACGGUCUCUAUGGCUGCCUCGGCUGAGUGUGGCCAAGGCCGCGAGGCUGAGGUGCAGCUGCUCCAAGGACCUCAAGAAGAAGGCUUCUUCGGCCCUGGCUAUGGCGGUGGUCAAGGGCGCGCCGCUGCUCGCUGAGGCGAGCGCCAUGGCGGUGGCGGCAGCCCCGGUGCUGGCCCCGGCGCUGGUUCUGGCGCUGGUGGACGAGCGGGUGUCGACCUACGGCACCGGGCUGAGCCACGACCUGCUGGGGUGGAUCCUGAUGGUUGCCUUCGGCCUCGCCUUGUCCUACACCGUCUACUCCUCCAUCCUCCAAGACGACAACGACGACGACCAGUCCACCGCCGGCGGCAUCACGAUCUGAACACCGCACCGCCACCUUCUUCUUCCGCCAGGCUGAUCCGGCCGUCAAAGCUUUGCAUGAUUACCAUUGGUCUAUGAAGCAGGGACGAAUAUUGAAUCCUAAGCUACUGAUUAUGGUAGUCGUACUUUCUUUUUUUCUUGCGGGCAGGAGUACUUUCUAUGACGGUGUUAAAUAGUUGAGUCGAUCGUAUGCGUGUGACUUUGUA